CCGAAGGGUUCUGUUGUUCAAAUGGGAUGGGGGGCCUGCUGGUGUUUUUAACGGAGGGCAGGUGGCGAAGGAGGUAAACCGAGGCCGGUCAUGGCGCUGAGGCCUGACCCGGGGGAAGAUGAAUAAGGGCUGGCUGGAGUUGGAGAGCGACCCUGGGCUCUUCACUCUUCUAGUAGAGGAUUUUGGUGUUAAAGGGGUGCAAGUUGAAGAAAUCUAUGAUCUACAGAGCAAAUGCCAAGGGCCUGUCUAUGGAUUCAUAUUUCUCUUCAAAUGGAUUGAGGAGCGCAGGUCCCGACGGAAGGUCUCUACACUGGUAGAUGAGACAUCUGUGAUUGAUGAUGACAUUGUUAAUAAUAUGUUCUUUGCUCAUCAGCUGAUUCCCAAUUCUUGUGCCACGCAUGCCUUGUUGAGCGUCCUCCUGAACUGCAGCAAUGUGGAUCUGGGACCAACCCUGAGCCGAAUGAAGGAGUUCACGAAAGGGUUUAGUCCAGAGAGCAAAGGUUAUGCCAUUGGAAAUGCCCCAGAACUGGCCAAGGCCCAUAACAGCCAUGCUAGGCCAGAACCCCGGCAUCUACCAGAAAAACAGAAUGGAAUCAGUGCUGUGCGGACCAUGGAGGCAUUUCACUUUGUCAGCUAUGUUCCCAUCAAGGGACGGCUCUUUGAAUUGGAUGGCCUGAAGGUUUAUCCCAUUGAUCAUGGGCCAUGGGCAGAAGAUGAGGAAUGGACAGACAAAGCCAGGAGAGUUAUCAUGGAGAGGAUUGGACUCGCUACAGCAGGGGAACCAUAUCAUGACAUCCGUUUCAACUUGAUGGCAGUGGUUCCUGACAGAAGGGUAAAAUAUGAAUCCAAGCUGCAGAUCUUGAAGAUGAACAGACAAACUGUAUUAGAGGCUUUGCAGCAGCUGAUCCGAGUGACUCAACCAGAGCUGGUUCAUACCCAGAAGUCCCAGGAAUCCCAAGUUUCUGAGGAGUCCAAGUCAGCUAUCAACAAGCCCCCUACUGCGCUGGAACUAGGGAGAGUGCAACUGGCCCCUGAGAGCUCUCAGGCAGAGAGUGCUGAGGAAUCUACAGGCCAAGAUCAGCCCACCUCAACCCAGAACCCACCAAGCAAAUCUAAGCUGGGCAAUAAACCACCUGUGAGCAGUAUAAAUGGAGCACUGGCAAGCCCCAGUCCCAUUGUGCAGAGGCUGCCAGCUUUCCUGGAUAACCACAACUAUGCCAAGUCACCCAUGCAGGAGGAGGAGGACCUUGCAGCAGGAGUGGGCCGUAACCGGGUUCCUGUACGUCAGCACCAGCAAUAUUCUGAUGAUGAGGAUGACUAUGAUGAUGAUGAUGAUGAAGAGGAAGUUUGCAAUGCCAAUCCUGCCAUGAGAUUCAAGAGGAAGGGACAGGUGAAGCAGGACAAUCUGGUGGGGGGUGCAGAAAGCCAGCUGUCCAUGCUCCAGCCCAACACUAUCAACGUCCUGGCUGAGAAGCUCAAGGAAACACAAAAGGACCUCUCCAUUCCUUUGUCUAUCAAGACCAGCAGUGGAGGCACUGCAGUUGCUGUAGUAGCCCAUUCUCAGCCAUCUCCUACGCCUAGUAAUGAGAGCACAGACACUGCCUCUGAGAUUGGGAGUGCCUUCAAUUCCCCACUCCGUUCCCCCAUCCGGUCAGCCAAUCCCACUCGUCCCUCCAGUCCUGUCACUUCUCACAUUUCCAAGGUGCUAUUUGGGGAGGAGGAUAGCUUGCUGCGUGUGGACUGCAUGCGCUACAACCGGGCUGUGAGGGAUUUGGGUCCUAUGAUCAGCACAGGCUUGCUACAUCUCACAGAGGAUGGGGUAUUCUGCCCACUUACAAUCACAGAUGGUGGGAAAAACUCCCCUUCUUUGAGUAAAUCAUGUGAAGAGGUCCAAGCCAUUGUCAAGUUAGAAGAGAGAGACUCCAGUGAACCAAAUGACACCAAGGAGAAAGCAGGACAUAGCCGGUCAAGCGAUCCACCAUGUGGGGAAAAGUAUUCUCCAAAAGAGCUGCUGGCAUUGCUGAAAUGUGUGGAGGCUGAAAUUGCGAACUAUGAAGCCUUUUUAAAAGAAGAGAUAGAGAAAAGAAAGAAAUUCAAGAUCGAUGACCAGAGAAGAACUCACAAUUAUGAUGAAUUCAUUUGCACCUUUAUCUCCAUGCUGGCCCAAGAAGGAAUGCUGGCUAGCCUUGUAGAGCAAAACAUCUCUGUCCGUAGACGUCAAGGAGUCAGCAUUGGGCGUCUCCACAAGCAGCGGAAGCCAGAUCGUCGGAAACGUUCCCGGCCGUAUAAAGCCAAGCGUCAGUAGCAUCAGUCUUUGGACAGUACUCUUAUGUGUACUGCUUGCUGCUGUUGAUCGUGUGGUGAAAAUUCCAGGCCAGGCAGUUGGGCUGUGCUGAGGAGUGGGGGCUCUGCACUGGACUCCUCUGCUCAAACCAUCAGUGUUAGUGUAAUGUUACACAUGAAUCCAUUGCAUACAGUGGGGCUUUAGAUGUCUCUCUCCCCCAUGGUGGCUGCCACGUGGGAAUCCCGCCUUUUCCCCAAAGAAGAUGACUGCAGUGUAAGGACUGGCCUGUUUGAAGGAUCUACUGACAUAGCCCUUGAAUUUGCUACUCAGUGUCCUCAACCCAUCUGCAGUAUAUUUUGCCACAGCUAGUGGCACUCUUCAGCGGCUCUGUACCAGUUAAAGGGAUAAGCCAAUUUCUCUGGUUUCCUGGAAGGGCAUUGUUGUUGGUGUUGAUGCACUGGUAAGUUCAAUCCCAGAAAGUUGGAAUUAGCAAGGUACUGUUCACAGCCAGUGUUUUUUCUCUGUGCUCCAUUGGGAAGCCGAUACCUGUGUUCUGCAUUAAAUCGCAUAUUUUUGUUCUGAACUGUAUGCUCACAUCACUAUUGCGGAAUACAGGUAGUUGCUGAUUUUUUUUGUGGCCCUGCCCCAUUCCAGGAUUCUCCUGUUUACUAUUCAUUUUAGUCAUUCUGUUCUUGCAUUUCUUCUCCAAGUGGCUUCUUCUGUUUGAGGUGAGCGUACGCUCUGUAAUGAGUAAGUAUGAAGUCUGUAUGAUAGGAGGUGGGGAGCCUUAGCAGCAUAAGUGUUGCUAGAUUCUGGACUUUUGUACAUGUGGGAUGUUCAGAGUGCUAAAAGGUCUUUAGGCUGGUAAAUUUGAGCCUUUGCUUCCAAUAAUGCUGCAUAUAAUCAUAUGUUUAACCCAACCACACUCCCUGCAAUGCCCUAACUAUGCUAGAAAUAUGAGAGAAUAAGGAGCCAUUUCUGUUUCCAUCCUGUAAUAAGAACGAUCAGUCUGGAGGCAUGUUAAAUGGGUAGGAAACACGGUUCUGUGCAUGCAAUUUCUCAACUAUACAUUUCAGGUGUGUUGUGGCAAAAGCCAUGUGAAAACAGCUUCUUCACUGCUGCUGUUAAUAAGCCCCUACUUUUUGGUUUCUAAGGCCAAAGCACAUUUUUGAGACUUUAUUAUGUUGUGAGUAUUGAGGUCACCACUCAAGGGUGAUCAGUUAAUGCCCCAACCUUAGCUUGUUGGAAGCUGGCAGGUGGAUUAAUACAGUGUGGUAUCCAGCUUGGAGUACUGACAUCACCAGCUGUUGGCCAAGCAGCAGCUAUACACUAGCCUCAUGCUAACUUCACAGCUGUACUAUCUUCUCCUACCUCACUGUCUGUUGUCUCUUGUUGCAACAAAGGACUUAAAGGUGAAAUCAGUUCUUGCAUCUGAUACCCUUACUAUCAUUACAGCCCUCAUGUUUUCCUUGUUACUCAGUUGCCUUAUGCAGAUUAGUUUUCUUUUUGUCUUGGGAAAAGGUACCUUGUGUUGAAAACAAAUAUAUGCAGUGUGUGUCCAUUACAGCAACAUUUGUACCAGUGUGUUAAGACUAAAGAGAAAUAGUGGGCUGUAAUAAGAAGUCUGAUUUUACCUUACCCAAAUUGGUAUUCAAAAAACAAUGGUUUACUCCCCCCACCCCCCUUUGUAACUUUUAUUCCUUGACUGAGAAUAGUUGAAUAUUUUUUUAUUCCUUGAACUGAGGAAUAUUUUUUUUAUUCCUUGAACUGAGAAUAGUCCUCUUGCACACCAAGGUAAAAAGAGGCAUUACUCUAGCUGGAAAAUACUAAGCAGUGGAAUUCAAAUGAGCACAAGAUGCAGAGGCCAGUUUUUGAGAAGAUGGUAAUGCAGCCACAAGCAGAACUGCAUUUGCUUUCCCUCGUGUACAGGUGCUGACAAUAGAAGUUCUUUUUAAUAUGUUGACAGAAUGAUCUGUCCUUUGCUUUGCUGGUUUCAAGUGCUGUAAAUACAAGUUCAAAAAAUAAAAUGUAUACCUGUU